CCCAAAGCCCCAGGGAAGAGAGAAGAAGAUGGUGGAAAAUUCACCGUCGCCAUUGCCAGAAAGAGCGAUUUAUGGCUUUGUGCUUUUCUUAAGCUCCCAGUUUGGCUUCAUGCUCUAUCUCGUGUGGGCGUUCGUUCCUGAUUCUUGGCUACACUAUGUCGGACUGACCUACUGGCCUCAAAAAUACUGGGCUGUGGCUCUGCCCAUCUACCUCCUCAUCACCAUAGUAAUCGGCUACGUUCUCUUAUUCGGAAUAAACAUGAUGAGCACUGCACCCCUCAACUCCAUCAAUACCAUCACAGAUAACUAUGCUGAAAAACAACAGCAGAAGAGAUACCAGGAAGAGGCCAUCCCAGCACUGAGAGAUGUACCCAUCAGUGACGUAAACCAAAUGUUCUUUCUUGAUGCUACAGACGUUUACCCCCAAAACUGAUCUGUGCAUAGAACCAAAUACUUCUUUUCAGUAUCGGCACCAUAAUUAUGG